AUGAUGACAGCAAUAAGAACAUUCGCAUCAUCAAUAUCAACGAACAAUCGUCGAUUUAUUUAUCUCAUAUUUGCUGGUGCCUUUGGCUCAUUUAUGAUUUUUAUUAUAUCAAGUCUUACUUCUUCAUCAGCCUGGGUUAUUUUACCUUUACAAAUCAAUUAUCGACAACGACCUGAAUGUACCUGUUUAAGAUCUGAACUACCUCUAUUAUCAUCUCCUUUAACAUCCAAACAAAACGAUAGUCAAGCAUUUCUUUGUAGUGAAUAUGCUACACAACGAGGACCUCAUCAACGUAUUAUUGCAAUUAGUCUUUUUGGCCCAAAAGAAAAUAGAAUAUUUCAAUUUAAUCGAUCAAUUAAUUUUCUUCAUGCACUUAUACAAGAUCUGAAUAUAAGAUAUUCUGACGGAUUUAUAUUGCGUAUUCAUCAUGAUAAUACAAUUAAUACAGCAGAUAUUAUUUGUCCUAUAGAAUGUAAGCAUCCAAAUGUAGAUUUCUGUAAUAUGACUCAUAAACUUUAUAUUCCACCAAAAAUUUGGCGUUUUAUACCAGCUGGUGAUCCAUUAGUUGAUGUCAUAUCAUUUACAACAUUGAAUAAAGGUUAA